AUGUGGGAGAGGAGUCGUGUGGAGGAACUUGAUAGCGAUGAUACAGAUACACAGGGCGUUGGGUUGCAUUCUGAAUUCAAACGAUUUUCUAGCGAUACACUUCAAUUCACGGGCAUAGAUUUGGGUUCGACCACUAGGGCGCGGAAAACUUACACUCUUCAGGAUUCGGAAGUGUCUGAUAGCGAUUCGGCGGAGUCUGAAUUUGAGGGGACAGAUGCUUUGCAGAUUGCUAUGCGGGAUAAGGAGGAAGCGCUUGUACAGUCUGCGCUUACUCGAAUUCGCCGAGCUCAGGAAAAAGGGAAGAAGGAGGUCAAGCUGAACAAGGCGGAAGUUGAUGCAUUGGAAAGACGGCGGAAGCGAAUGCAAGCUGCUGCCACAACCAAGCAGAGAAAGGCAAGUGGAUCAAGUGGUGGAAGCGAGACUGAGAGAAGACGACGAAGUGAUAGGAAUAUUACAAUUCCUAUUGCUUCCCAGCCAAACAGUCGUCCAAGCAGCAGCAGCCGCAAGACGUCGAAGAGCACGUCCAAGAGACCUGGUGAUGCAACUCCACCAGUCAUGCUGGUUGCAGGCCCAGAUGGAUUGGCAUAUGCUCCAUCUGCGACUUAUGUCCCACCAGUGGCCAGUGGCAGUCGAAAUUCGCCCACGCGUCCUCGCUCAGCUAGCACUCAACAAUUGCGAGGUGCACCGGCACCUUACUUCACUUACCAACAACCUCGACACAUCUCAGAAGGCAAUCGACCUCCGUCCUCAUCUAGCACUUCCUCUCGGCGACCUCUUCCUGAUGACGAGAAUUGGGAACCUUCUUCUCGUCGCAGCUCGGCCUCUUCUCAAAACUACACUCUCAAUCCUUUCGAGUACCAAAUUUCCUCUGACGCACCACCACCUAUUCCAGCUCAGUACCUAUCACAAUCUGGAUCUCAACCUCAACCUCGACGCAAUGUCUCUGGACCCGCGGAUGUUUCAUAUGCGUCUGUACGAAGGAGUAUGCCACCACCUCAAACCACAGGCACAGGAUCUUAUCCUUUCUCAUCAAGAGGACCCGCAAACUCUGAUCCCAGCAUCCCUCGUCGACGAGCUGACUACGACUACGACCUCCGCGACCGAGAGCGCGGUCCGGAAAGAGAAGAAAUCAACCUCGUAAGCAGCAGCGAAGAAGAUGAAGAAGACGAGAGCGACGACCUCGGCAACGGAGUCCAAGUCUUUGUGGACGAGAGAGAAGAGCGAGCUAGAGAUCGUGAUAGGCCUGUGAGUAGGAAACCAGUUGCUGGUGAUGGGCGGGGAAGUGCGAGGAGGAAGGGGAAAAGAUGA